AUGAGGUCAUCAUCAUUUACUCUUCUUGUUAUUCUAAUUAUUUCCCUCUUGCUUUUGCGACCAUCUUCAUCGGAUGCUACGAUUAAAUGCAAAGAUAUAGCCAAAUCAUUUAAACCUUGCAUAGAUUGGAUGACGAUUGGCUACAAGAGAAUUGGAGUGGCUCCAAAGGCUUGUUGUGACGAAUUGUUUAAACUUAAUAGCAAGGGAAUAAACCAUGAAGCAGAGAUAGCUAUUUGUGAAUGUGUCAAAUCUGAAAUGCAAGAUCUGAACAUCAUCGGAAUAGUAGCUGAAUCACUUUCUGGACGUUGUGGAGUCCUCUUGCCCGUCCCUAUCACCCCAAAAGUCAAUUGUUCCGAGCAAGUUUAA